UGCAGAGGCCGGAAUGUGUUAUAAUCUUAAACACAAAUAUGUGAAAGCCGUAUAAACAUUGUUGCUUAUUACUUGACUUAAAGAAAGGAAUUCCCCCCUAGUAACUGUUAUGCUACUCGGGGAAUGAGUAACAGGAAAUGCUGUAAGGUUCUUGUUGCCUAUUACGGUAACAGAAACACUAAAGACCAGACGGAUGAGAAUUCUCUGUGCGAGCGGUAAAGCAGCAGGAGGCCGGUGUCAGUUAAUCACACCGGUCCUCUGAAUCUCAUAGCAGCUUAACACAUCUCAUGUCUUUGGAGUUUCACUUUGAAAUGAAAGGUUUGAUCUCCGUAGGGGCUUGUGGCUCACAUGAGUGACACAGGAAGUUCAUGACCAGCGUGCCGCUCAAUCUUCCCACUGGAUCUUUGCACCAGGAUUCAAGUCCUCUGCAUCAAAAUAACAUGAAAGAAAACGUGACGAUCUUUGCAGACCUUUAUCGCCACCAACGCUGUUGAAGCAGAUCAACGGGCCUUCUGGCUGGACGCGCUUCACUGCUCCGUGGCGCCGUCACAACCUCACUUCCUGUCUGAACGUCUGCGUCAUCUUCUCAGAGACCUUCAGCAGGCCAUGUGCAACACGUUUGGCUGUAACUCACCAGCAGAGGACAGCAUUGUCAGAGGUUUCAUCACAAAAGGUCUCUCAGCGGCGGUCGCUGGAGACACGCCUGGUGGAGAUCUCCAUGACAACAGAGAGAAGAGCUCAUUACGAAGGUUGUGCUUCAUAACAAGGUCGCUUAAGAAUAUAUUCAAGAAACAUAAGUUGGUUUGUAAUGUUUCUGUUGCUCCUCUGUAAAGUUAACAAGAGGCCUGGCACAGGAUUGAGCUUCUUUAAGGGCAUCAAGUGGACCUGUGGGAUGAGCAUGUCAGGUUCUCCAUGUUCACUCCAAGUGGAGUGGAGGAGGCUGGAAGACCAGUCCAGAGGGUCUCUGUCUGUCUGUGAGGAGCCUCAAGCUCGAGUUGAGAGUGUGGUACUCAAGCGCCGAGCCAAUUUAUUUCCAAGGGGUUGAAUAAAAAAAAACAGCAUUCUGAUGUGAUACAAAUGGUCGUCUAUGGCACAGAAAUAUUUGACAAAUGUUGCACAAAACAUAAAGAGGAUUUCCAAGAACGUAACAGUGAACUGGUACAUUGUUGUAGAAACAGUGUGAACCUGAGAUAUCUGAUUGUUCCGUGGAUGGGGGGUCAGAUAAAUAGAUUCUUUGCAGGGAUUUGAUCAAUUUCCUUGAUCCCGGGAUUAAAAAUACAGUAGCCGCUCUGCACCUGAGCAGAGGGAAUCCCCGCCACGAAGAAGCUCUGCUGAGAAAUGAGUAACUUGCUUCACUUCCUCGUAGCUGCACACAAUCAGGUGUCUGGAGGAUGACACUUCACGCACAGGACAUUUCUCCCAGUUCCGCUCGGCAACAGGUUGCUCCACAAGUCACGGCGUCGAGCGCCGCCACAAGUCCACAUGAGAGGAGAGCGCUCACACGCAGGAGAAGUGCUUGUUUUCCCCACAUACGGCCUCCAGGAUGCAGAUGCGUGGUCCCCCGCGCCGCUUCUUCUGGGCCCUGAUGCUCGUGAGCGGCUUCCCGGCUCUUGUGGAUGGAUGUGACUUUGCUGAGUCGGUCUGCGGCGCCGAGGCUCCCGGGGACGUGGUGAUUGGAGUUUUGUUGCCAUGUCAUCGAAAAGUGAAGGAUCACGAGCGGAUCAGACCUGGAGACUUCCACUGCUCAGACUUUAACCUGGAGUCAUUUCUGAGAUCCUUGGCUACCAUCCAUGAAAUUGAGGCCAUAAAUGCAGCUGGCUUCCUGCCAGGGCUGCGUCUUGGAUAUUUGAUGUGUGACACGUGUGCCUCUGCGAGCAAGGCGUUGCAGGGUGUGGGCCACAUGCUCCAAGUCAACGGCUCUCUGAAUGUGAUCUGUGACUACAGCGACUUCAGGCCCACCGUCAAGAUUGUUUUGGGAGCUCUGUACUCUGAGGUGUCCAUCGCUGUGGCCAGACUGAUGAAUGUGUACAUGGUCCCUCUGCUGAGCAGCACAUCAUCCGCACCAGACCUGAGCAAUAAACAGCGCUACCCGUCUUUCAUGCGCACCGUUCCCAGUGAUGAACACCAGACCAGAGCAGUGGCCAGAAUGAUGCAUCACUUCGGCUGGAACUGGGUCGGGGUUGUGUACGGUGACGACGCGUACGGCAGCGAAGCUUUUCACAGCUUCCUCGGGAACGCCGAGGCUAAUGACGUGUGUUUGGCCUACCAGGAGGUCUUGCCUCAUUACUUCAACGAUUCGCUCAGCCUGCAGAGCGUCAAGCGAGUCGCCAAGGUGAUCCGCUCCUCCGGCGCCCAGGUGGUGCUGCUCAUCCUUAAGGCAGAACUGGUGGAGCUCCUCUUUAAGGAAAUGAUUGGGACCAGCACAUCAAGGAUCUGGAUUUCCACCGAUGCCUGGACCAAGAGUAAGUUCCUCUCCGAAAUGAAGGGUAUCAAUGAGGUUGGGGACAUCUUGGGCUUCACGUUUGUGUCUGAAGAAAGCGAACCCUUCAACAACUAUCUCAAGAAUCUGACAGCAACCCCGGGGGGCUACAACCGCUUCAUCGAAGAAUACAAGAACCUGAGAUUCAACUGCAGCUCAGAAUGUUUCUCAACGAAGCCUCCGUCCUACUGUCCCACACCCGAUCUGCUGACAAUGAAGUCCGCCAGCGCGUGCAAAUUCACAGAUCCCCAAGUGCAAAAUGAUGACUAUCUGGUCAGGGCUCUGGAUACGGGGGUAUCCUUCCUUCACAGAGCAGCAGUGUGGGCCACUGCAAAUGCUCUGAAGAAACUACUGAAGUGCAACAGCUCCUCGUGCUCGGGAGACAUUAACUUCCCCCCAUGGAAGCUUCUUGAAGUACUGAAGAAUGAUACGUUUGGGUUUAACUUUGAGAACCACUCUAUCAAAUUUGACAAAAAUGGGGAUUUUUUAAGUUAUUACAACCUUAUCAUGUGGGAACGGGAUGGAGACCAUAGACGAUUUCAAAAUAUCGGGAAAUACAUUGUCUCUGAAGAAGAAAUUAAGAUUGAAAACAUCACCCGGUUUUCAACAGCCAAUACCACGAUUCCUCCAUACAGAUGCUCAGACCACUGCGCCCCCGGCUCGGUGAAAAAGAUCCUCAACGUAUCCUGCUGUUACAACUGCACGCUUUGUGUGGAGGGGACCUUCUCAGACGCUCCGGAUCUUGCCACCUGCAAAGCUUGUCCCAAUGGAACCUGGGCUCUCAAAGGAUGGACCCAGUGUGGGCCAAGAUCUGAGUCCUACCUGCGAUGGACAGAAGCUCAUCCCAUCAUCAUGAUUGCAGCCGCAGUGUUUGGCAUCUUGCUCUUAUUUGUUACCGCCGUUAUCUUUUUGGUGUACAGAGAUUCCCCACCCAUGAAAAGGGCCGAGGUGAGAUUGUCUUGCGUCAUGAUGGUCGGUUUGUCGGUGAGCUUCGCGAGCGUGAUAUGCUUCAUGGGCAAGCCCAAUAUACACCUGUGCAGAGCCCGUCAGUUACUGUAUGCCCUGGGCUUCACCCUGUGUGUGUCCUGCAUCCUAGUCAAGGCCUACCGUACCUUCCUGGCUUUUCUUCCCUUCGGUCAGCUGACAUGCAGGCGUCUACACAAACUCUACAAGCCAGCCGCACUCGUCAUCGGCCUAACUGCUCUCCAGGGGGUCAUCUGUCUUCUCUGGCUCACCUUGGACUCCCCUGAUAUCGAUCCCACGCCUCCGUCCCCACAAAGCAUGAUCAUACUAAUCCAGUGUAGCGAAGGUGCAACAUACAUAGGUUUUGGCGUUAUGUUGGCUUACAUAGCGCUGCUGGCACUGGUUGGCUUCUUCUUGGCCGCCAAGGGCAGGAAGGUUCCGCAGGAGUUCAGUGAAACGGGCUACAUCAUCUUCAGCAUGCUGAUGUACUUGUUCGUAUGGGUGUGUUUUAUCCCAGCCUAUAUCACCAACCAUGGAAACGCCGCUCCUGUGCAGGCUACGGCCAUUCUGGUGUCCACCUACGGUGUCAUCUUCUGCCACUUCUUACCCAAGUGCUACGAAGCACUUCGAGGGUCGGAGACGGAUACACUGGAAUGUGUUCUGAGGAGAUGGCGAGGCGUCUCCUUCCCAAAACCUGAUCUGGCGAUACGCACAGAGAGUGAUGUCCCAGAACUGGGCUUACCCACCGUGAGGGGUGACAGGUUUUCCAUAACAAGCACAACAACUAUGUUCACAAACACAGGGGCGCUCAGCCGUGCAGAUUCUGAAGUGUUCAUGAAGCAGAUGUCCUAUCGCAAGAUUGAUGCCUGUAAGAACAAACUGAGGAGGCGUAGGAGUAUAUCCAUCUGAAACUGGUGGACAUACUGUAUACUGUCCUAUAGCCGUGUCCUACAGUGGUAUAUCAUUAUUCAAGCUUUAACUUUUUAAAGACAAUAUUUUGUGUAAUACUUUUGCUAAAAAGCUGUUUAAUUCUUCAAUGUACAAACAACCCAAAAGCACUCCUUUGUAUUGUAUCCAAUUAAAAUUAAUAUUAAAUUAAAAAUACUUUUAAGCCUU